CAUGAGAGCAACCCAGGUCAGCUGAUCAUGAUGCCGCGUAUUCAUUGAAAUCUCUACACAGUACGAGCCCAUUUUACGAGCCACCAACGAAAUAGCUGGCCCAACCCGGAUGCGCAGAGGUGUGAUCAAUAUUGAUAAUUUCGGUCUCUGUGCAUAGCGCCUAGGGGUAUUUAAAUACCCUUGAUGAGGACAGCUCCUCUCCGGCACAUGCUUUGAAGAAAGGGGAGAAUAGAAGUUAUCACAUCACAAGUCUGCAGUAGGCCUAGCGUAAUUCUAAAAACGUACAGUGGGAGUGGACGUAGGUAGGUGUGUGUGGUACGAGUUUUUCCCAGUCGUGGAUAGUUGCAUGCCGAAUAUUGUGCCGUGUUGUAAGCAACAAAAAGCAUCGACGAGAGAUGGCGGAAUGUGGGAGGAAGGCGCUGUCUGUCCUGGAGGCGGCUCGCUCACGCUACGAGAGCUUGCAGAUCUCAGAUGAUGUUUUUGGGGAAUCGGGAGAUGACAGCAGCGACAAUCCCUUUUACAGCACUUCGGGUGACUCGAAUUCGGAUAACUGCUGCAUGGAGGCCGGCGACGAUCAAAGGUCAGGUGAGACUGUGAAUUGUCAAAGCGGAGGUCCACCCGGGUCCGUCUCAAUAACUCAAGCAGAAGAGGAUGGAUGGAGCGACACCCUGCAAGAUAUCACGGUGGCCCCAUACAACGAGACAUAUGGCCCUACCCAGAGAAUGCCAGCCACAGCCACUUGCAUGGACUUCUUCCAGCUCUUUGUGCCCGACAACGCCAUCCAGAACAUGGUGACGCAGACCAACAUGUACGCCAAGAAGUACCAGGAGCGCUUCGGCAGCGACGAGGGCUGGCGAAACGUGACGGCGGCCGAGAUGAAGGCCUUCCUGGGCUUUGUGACUUCCACCAGCGUUCACCGCUGUGAGUCAGUGCUCAGCAUCUGGAGCAGUGGCUUCUUUAGCAACCGCAGCAUCGCACUCAAGAUGAGCCAGGCGCGCUUCGAGAAGAUUCUCAAGUACUUCCACAUCGUGGCCUUCCGCUCCAGCCACGGCAGCCAUGGCCUCUACAAGAUCCAGCCCUUCCUGGACUCACUGCAGCAGUCAUUCGGCUGCAGCACCUUCCGCCCCUCACAGACUCAGGUGCUCCAUGAGCCCCUUAUUGACGAGGACCCGGUGUUCAUCACCACCUGUACGGAGAGAGAGCUGAGGAAGAGGAAAAAGAGGAAGUUCAGUCUGUGGGUCCGCCAGUGCACAUCCACUGGUUUCAUCUGUCAGAUCUAUGUGCAUCUGAAGGAGGGCCAGGGUCCUGAUGGGUUGGCCACCCUGAAGAACAAGCCUCAGCUCCACAGUAUGGUGGCCAAGCAGCUGUGUCAGAACCUCUCUGGCCGCAACAGCAUCAUCUUCACCGGGCCCAGCAUCACCAGCCUCAACCUGUACCAGGAGUUUGAGAAACAGGAGAUCUACUGCUGUGGGCUGCUGAGCACCAGGAAGAGUGACUGCACCGGCCUGCCCCAGUGCAUGCUGGUGAACCCUGAGAGCCCACAGCAGAGAGGCCAGUCCCGCAGCAUGAUGAGAGGCAACACCUCCCUCAUCAGCUGGUAUAACAAGGGACACUUCUGCUUCCUUACCAACGCCUAUUCACCUACCAAGGAAGGGGUGAUCAUCAAGAGGAAAAGUGGUGAGAUUCCCUGUCCGCUGGCUGUGGAGGCCUUCGCUGCACACCUCAGCUACAUCUGCAAGUAUGAUGACAAGUACAGCAAGUAUUUCAUCUUCCACAAGCCCAACAAGACGUGGCAGCAGGUGUUCUGGCUGACCAUCAGCAUCGCCAUAAACAACGCCUAUAUCCUGUACAAGAUGUCUGAUGCCUACCACGUCAAGCGCUAUAGCCGAGCGCAGUUUGGAGAGAGACUGGUGAGGGAGCUGCUGGACUUAGAUGACUGCUCCCCCACCCAGUGAGGAGACCACGUAAUCUUUAUAAUAUACACCCACAUUCACACUGUCACGUCUCACACGUACCCACAUACACACACUGUCACGUCUCACACGUACCCACACACACUGUCACGUCUCACACGUACCCACACACACACACACACACUGUCACGUCUCAUACGUACACACACUGUCACGUCUCACACGUACCCACACUGUCACGUCUCACACGUACCCCCACACACACACACACACUGUCACGUCUCACACGUACCCACACACACACACACACACACUAUCACGUCUCACAUGUACACACACACACACACACACUGUCAUGUCACACACACACUGUCAUGUCACACACACACUGUCAUGUCACACACACACUGUCACACACAGUCACACGCUGUCACGUCUCACACACUGUCAUGUCUCACAUGUACCCAAACACGUGUGUACAUACACACACACUGUCACGUCUCACACGUACCACACACACUGUUCAUCACACGCAAAGCACUAACGCACACUAACCACACCCACUAAUACAUAUUUUCUUUACAAUUGUAGACACGUAAUUCCUUAAAUGAAACCAUAUUUUAAUAGUGUCUGUGUUAAAUGGGUUUGGGGACAGAACCUCUAGGUGUGGAGAGCAGGUCACUAUAUCUGAAUCAGAACUCAAGAGAAAUGUCUAUAGAGGAAUGUUUCUUUACUGAGGCACAAAGCAAAGCCAUUGUACUAUCCACAUGCCUCAUAAUGUUCGUGUCACAGGCUGCAUGACAAAAAAGUGUUUGGAUAAUUUUUUUCUGACCGGGUUAAACGUUGUUUCCAUGUAGUGCAAAGUCACUCUGUAAUGUCAAUCUAUGAUUCUAUUGGACCACCUACCGAGCAACAUCUGAGAUUUUCUCUCCAAGAUAGACCUGAACCACUAAGCAGAUAUACUGUAUAUAUACAUAAUGCAGUUUGUAAGCCCAGGACCCAUUAUGUUUAAAUGAAAUAUAGAGAAGUAGAUCUACGUUACUGUUCCCUUCCAGAGCUCUUCCUGCUGAUGGUUCAUACCUGGAAUGGGAAAUCUCCUACUUAUCAGGGUAGUGCUUACUGUACUGUACUCAACUCCAUAUCUCAGUCAAUAGGAACCUUUCAACUGGUCAUCAGAUUAUAUGACUGGCAGUCCUUAUAUUUGCAACAUCAUUGGAAAUACUGGAUGGCGUGACUUGUGGUCAGGUUAUCAGACGGCAAAGGGAAGGUUGGAUGAUACAAUACCAGUUCUUGCCACAUGAACGUUGGUUUGGAUGAGGCGUACUGUUAAUGUACAGCAUGAACACAGUCUCCAUGUGGCAUAGUCUUGGAUCAUCAAGAGCUGCAGGUGUCAGUUCAGUUCAACUCUAGAUAUACACGCUGAACCAUCCACAGCUAAAUCUGAUAUGUCCACAGCCAAACUCACUCACUGACAGACCACACAGACAUGGACUGUUCCCAGUUCAGGUCUACUGAAUAGGGCGGGGUCUCUGGCUUGGCUGGUCACGCCCACAGCUCAUUCCCUGGAAGCAAGCCUGACAUUGAUCUAUGAAGUAUGUGAUUUGGGUUUGAGUUAAACAUUUCACACCAUCAGCCAAUGACUCUCAGUCCAAUGAUGUCACUAAAAGAUGGAGAGAAGACAACACCAGACCAACAGAAGUUUGUCAACGUUAUUCCUUCCAAAUGUGCUUUGGAGAAUGGAUUCUCCUGUUCCGUAAUGACUUUGAGAGGAUGCUGUCUUGCAUCUUGUGUGGAGACAGAAUAGUACCCCAAUGUGUUGUAUGUGGAGCUGUUUAAGUCAGUGAAUGUGAAAGUGAAUGUCACUGUGGAUUAAUAAUGUCUUCUUGGCCAAUAGAGACUUAUGUCAGUGUAAAAGUGUGCAAUUCCAAAGUCCACACACAAAGGCCUAUUUUAUCCCUUGGCCGAUGACAUACAUUCGUGCUUGUCCACUCCUUGCCACUGUGACUGUGUUAUUGAUGUGUGAAGUGUUUGUGAGAUUUGUAUUACUGAGGCAGAGUUGUCCUAGCUAGGGCACUACUCAUGCACUUUCGAUCGUCUUGCACUUUAAAGUGAUUCAAUAAAGGUCUAUUGAUGUUUACUAAAUAUCCCUAGCUUUGAUGAAUCCCUUUAAUUAAUGGUUGUACUAAAUGCUUCCUCAGAAAAUAGGAGUUAAAUGAUGCACAUUAAUACUCCAUAACUAUUGUGUAAAUCUAUGCUCUGUCACAGAAUACUGAAGAUUUAAUGCUGUUUAACUGGUAUCGCCUAAGUUUCCUCCCUAAUUGAGUGCUCGACCAUUCUUUGAAGAAGCAGGAAAUCAAAGUUUACUAGAAAGGGAAAUGAGUGUCUAUUGAGUGCUGACUUAUGCAACCUAGUGCUACAAUAUUUAUGGAGGAAUGAUUUAAAGGGGAUAUUGCUGAUCAACUAAAGUACACUUGAUGAUGAACACUAAAAACCAAUGAAAUUAAAAACGUUAUGAAUAUUUACCUUAAUGUGUUUUUGUGUGCAGAUAAGGUAUGUAUACUGAACAAAAAUAUAAACGCAACAUGCAACCAUUUGAAAGAUUUUACUGAGUUAAAGUUCAUAUCAGAAAAUCAGUCAAUUUUAAAUAAAUUCAUUAGUACCUAAUCUAUGGAUUUCACAUGACUGGUAAUACAUAUAUGUGCAAAGGUCACAGAUAACUAUAAAAGUUAGGAGUGUGGAUCAGAAAACCAGUCAGCAUCUGGUGUGAACACCAUUUGCCUCAUGCAGCGCAACAUCUCCUUCACAUAGAGUUGAUCAGGCUGUUGAUUGUGUCCCACUCAUCUUCAAUGGCUGUGCAAAGUUGAUGGAUAUUGGCGGGAACUGGAACACACUGUCGUACACGUCGAUCCAGAGCACCCCAAACAUGCUCAACAGGUGACAUGUCUGGUGAGUAUGCAGGCCAUGGAAGACCUGGGACAUUUUCAGCUUCCAGGAAUUGUGUACAGAUCCUUGGGGCAGUGCAUUAUCAUUUAUCAUGCUGAAACAUGAGGUGAUGGGGCUGAAGAAUGGCACGACAAUGGGCCUCAGGAUCUCAAGGUAUCUCUGUGCAUUCAAAUUACCAUCGAUAAAAUAAACUGUGUUCGUUGUCCAUAGCUUAUGCCUGCCCGUACCAUACAGUAAACCCACCUCCACCAUUUGGGCACUCUGCCAACAACGUUUACAUCAGCGAACCGCUCGCCCACACAACGCCAUACACGUGGUCUGCGGUUGUGAGGCUGGUUGGACGUACUGCCAAAUUCUAUAAAACGACGUUUAUGGUAGAGAAAUGAACAUUACAUUCUCUGGCAACAACUCUGUUGGACAUUCCUGCAGUCAGAAUUCUAAUUGUACGCUCCCUCAUCUUGAGACACCUGUGGCAUUGUGUUGUGUGGCAAAACUGCACAUUUUUGUGGCCAUUUGUCCCCAGCACAAGGUGCACCUAUGUAUUGAUCAUGGUGUGUAAUUGGCUUCUUGAUAUGCCACACCUGUCAUGUGGAUGGAUAAUCUUGGCAAAGGAGAAAUGCUCACUAACAGGGAUGUAAAGAAAUGUGUGCACAAAUUUUGAGCGAAGUAAGCUUUUUGUGCAUAUAGAAAAUUUCUGGCAUCUUUUAUUUCAGCUCAUAAAACAUGAGACCAACACUUUACAUGUUGCGAUUAUAUUUUUUUUCAGUGUAUGAUUAUAGUUCUAUUAGUCUUCACUUAUAGGUAACACAAAUGAUUAUUUUUCACAUUUUCUUUCCCCCCAAAAACAUUGUCGUUCUUGUAUGUUUGUGUGAGCCACUAGUUCUGUGCACUGAUCACUGUCUGAAAGAAGCUCUGACAUGCCAUACAUCGGUUGAUAAUGUUCAUAACAAUGCUCUUUUGUUCUGAAUUGUUAUAUUGAUAGACACCAGGAAGUAUGCAUGAUACAGUCAACAACUGUUCAAAGUAAACACUUCUACUCAGCCAUGUAUUAGAUAUUUUCUCAGUGCCUUUUACAUAUAACAUAUUUUGUUUUUCUGGUAUGUUAAAUUAGUUGAGGAUUUAUUUAUUUAUAAAGGAGAGAGCAAUAUGGACAAAACCACAAAGGCAUUUGAUGCCAGUAUCAUUUGGUGAUUUCAGAUGUCUUCUGCAGAGAAAAAUAUAAUUUAUUCAAGAUAGAUUAACAAAUUACAGUUUGUCACGUCAAUCUGUAUAAUGCAUUUGUGUUCAUGAAUUUCAUUAUAUUCUCACUCCAUGAUUCUACUAUUAGGUUUUUUGAUCCAUCCUUUACAACACAGGUAGCCAAGUCAUAUUAAGUACCCGAGGCCACAUCCUAUCAUUCUUUUUUAGCAUCCUUGGCCAUUUCUCAUUGCCUGAAAUGUCUUUGUGUCAGUCUGAUAUCACUGUAAUUCCCUAUAGCAUCUGAGAGGCAAUUUUAAUUUACCAAUCUGCUGUCAAAUUCAUGAGGUCAGUUGAUUGACAGGCCUCCAUCUAUCGUCAUCGUUCUUUCCUUCUGGUAUUUAGCUACUGCUGUUCUCUGACCCAUAAAGUAUCUGUCUGACAGUGAGUGCAGCUCCAAGACCAUCAAAUUUUAUUCGCCACAUGCGCCGAAUACAACAAGUGUAGACUUUACCGUGAAAUGCUUACUGACAAGCCCUUAACCAACAGUGGGGGGGGGGUCUCUGACAGUUUUAUGGCCUUUCCUCUGACACCGUCUAGCUUCUUGGAUGGCAGGAAGCUUGGCCCCAGUGAUGUACUGGGCCGUUCACACUACCCUCUGUAGUGCCUUAAGGUCAGAUGGGAAAAGGUUUUGUCGUGCCCUUUUCACGACUGUCUUGGUAUGUUUGGACCAUGAUGGUUCGUUGAUGUGGACACCAAGGAACUUGAAACUCUCGACCCGCUCCACUACAGCCCCGUCGAUGUUAAUGGGGGCCUGUUUGGCCUGCCUUUUCCCGUAGUCCACGAUCAGCUCCUUUGUCUUGCUCACAUUGAGGGAGAGGUUGUUGUCCUGGCACAACACUGCCAGUUCUCUGACCUCCUCCCUAUAGGCCGUCUCAUCGUUGUCGGUGAUCAGGCCUACGAUUGUUGUGUCAUCAGCAAACUUGGGUCAACAGGAAAUACAGGAGGGGACUAAGUACACACCCCUGAGGGGCCCCAGUGUUAAGGAUCAGCGUGACAGAUGUGUUGUUGCCUACCCUUACCACCUGGGGGCGGCCCGUCAGGAAGUCCAGGAUUCAGUUGCAGAGGGAGGUGUUUAGUCCCAUAGUCCUUAGCUUAGUGAUGAGCUUCGUGGGCACUUGGUGUUGAACGCUGAGCUGUAGUCGAUGAACAGCACUCACAUAGGUGUUCCUUUUGUCCAGGUGAGAAAGGGUAGUGUGGAGUGCGAUUGAGAUUGCGUCAUCUGUGGAUCUGAAGGGGCGGUAUGCGAAUUGGAGUGGGUCUAGGGUGUCCGGGAGGAUGCUGUUGAUGUGAGCCAUGACCAGCCUUUCAAAGCACUUUAUGGCUACGGACGUGAGUGCCACGGGUUGGUACCACUCCAGUACACCCACCUCUAAACUAAGCUCUUAAUGGACAAUCCGAGACUACAUGCAAAUAAGGAUAUUACCAUACACUGCAUCUCUCUGGCUAGUCAGGCAGCCCAUGCCCAUUAUGUUCUUAAUCGUUCGUUUUUUACUAACUAUUUUGUGAUUGUUUUUCAUUCAAUUCAGUCUUCACUCUGCAUUAGUGAUCAAGACUGAUAAUACUGUAAAUACAUUUUAUUAUUACAGUAUAAUAGCCUACAUGGAGUCUAUAUUUGAGAGACUGAAGUUUAAUGGAAGUAGCUCAGUGAACUGUGACGUUUAAUGGAAGUAGCUCAGUGAACUGUGAACUUUAAUGGAAGUAGCUCAGUGAACUGUGAACUUUAAUGGAAGUAGCUCAGUGAACUGUGAACUUUAAUGGAAGUAGCUCAGUGAACUGUGAACUUUAAUGGAAGUAGCUCAGUGAACUGUGAACUUUAAUGGAAGUAGCUCAGUGAACUGUGAACUUUAAUGGAAGUAGCUCAGUGAACUGUGAACUUUAAUGGAAGUAGCUCAGUGAACUGUGAACUUUAAUGGAAGUAGCUCAGUGAACUGUGAACUUUAAUGGAAGUAGCUCAGUGAACUGUGAACUUUAAUGGAAGUAGCUCAGUGAACUGUGAACUUUAAUGGAAGUAGCUCAGUGAACUGUGAACUUUAAUGGAAGUAGCUCAGUGAACUAUGAUGUUUAAUGGAAGUAGCUCAGAGAACUGUGCUCAUGUCGUGUGAUGAGUAACCUUGCCUCUGCCUAUAGGCUUGAAUAUGCAAAGAAGCCAAUCUCAAAAUAGUGCUGCCACAUCUGAAGAAACAAUGAGACCUUAUUGUUAUGUGUUUCUGUAGGCCUAUAGUGAAAUGUGGAAAUUGAAAGUCUAAAGUUGGGACAUAAAGAUGUAUGGUGGAGACACUCAUUUCAAGGAAAGGAAAUUAACUUUGCUGACCUCAGGGCAUCAUUAUUUGAUAUUCAAAAGUUAAUAAUAAAUACAAUAACCUGAUGACAUAAGGUGCUAUCAAAAUACUGUAAAGAAUUCUAGUAGAUAAUAUUGAAAUAUUUAUCAUAAUGUUCUCAAUCGUUGGUCAGUAGUAAAUUUGUCAAGAAUAAUAAGGGAUGUUGAUGAAAUGAAAUCUAGUUUCAGCAUGGUGUAUUUCACAUUGUACUAAUGUGUAAAUAGCUCAUGUAAACUGGACCAAACAUAUCAGAUUCAUUCUAUAAGAAUGUAAUGUCAAACUAUGUACAAAACAAACUGCAAUGUCUGAUUGCUCUGGGAAUGUUGUGUUGUAGAAACUGCUUCUCGUUCUGUGUGUCUUUCAUCGGUGGAGGAAAAGUGAUAGCUGUGUCAUGUUUGUAUGCUCCUCAUUGUGUAUUCCCUCUGUAAUCUCCAUGUUAACUGUGCACCACCCUGGGCCCAGUUUUUCAAAAGUUUAUCUGUAUUUCUCCUAUCAGAUGGCAUUAAAUGCAUAGAAAUAGAAUGAAUAGAACGCGUCCCCAUUUUCUGUUCUGUUCAUUCUAUGUCUAUGCAUUUAAUCCUGAUAGAAAUCCAUCUUUUGAAAAACUGGGCCAUGACUGACUUUGUGAAUCGUAUGUUGAGCAUUUACACCAUGUUGCACACAUUUAAUAAAUGUUCAUGAUUUUAUACACCA